GACCUUUCGACUUCUCCAGGCCUGUCAACAGCGAAUCUCACAAUUGACUACCGAAAUCAACUUUAUACAAUUUUUUUUUUUUUUUUUUUAAUUCCCACUUUCUGGAGGAUUAUGCUCAAUCCCUCCGUCCAUUCUUUCCUAUAAAAGACGCUUAUUCCGACGUGUAUGAUCUACCAGUAACGCUCACGACUUGACGUCCGUUCGAGCAUUUCACUCUUUUCAAAUCUUCUGCACACGCUCCUUCCGCCGUUGACCGGCCAGCCACUCUUUUUUUUCACUGUGUUGCUAGCCUUCUAUAUUAACGACGAUUCCCAUUAUCCCCUGUUGUAUUCUUGUUCCUAUUCUAUUCAACCCUUCAUCAUGUCUCUUUACCCAACCGACCCAUCCUUUUCUUCUAACGUCCUAUCCUCCCGAUCUGUCUUCAAACGAUGUGUAUCGUGCGAUUCCACCGCCCCAACAUGUCCUAAAUGCCCUGCCGGUGAAAUAUGUACCAUGGUCAGUCAGUCGUGUGACCAAUGCGCCACUACGAAAUGCAUCAAGACUUCCAGCAGUUCGAGCUCGCAGGAUAGCUCAUCCGGAGGAAGUAACGUGGGUGCCAUUGCAGGUGGUGUUGUCGGUGGUGUCGUCGCCCUUGGCCUCAUAAUGGUUUUGGUGUGGUGGUUCUUCGUCCGCAAGAAGCGCGCGCAAUACGACCAACAACAAGGGGCAAGCGACGGGGAGAAAUCAAGCACAUUCGCCGAUGCUCGCCAGGCGAGGAAGUCCACCAACUCGAUUGCUUCGACUGUCCUUACUCGCGCAUCGAACGUCAUUCAAAUUGCCUACAUUCCCGGUGUCACCAACCGUUCUCCGCCAGAAACUCCACUCGUGCCGCCGGUUCCUCCGCUUCCGGGCGCUGCCCCCGAUCAGCACUUUUUCAUGCCGGGUGAUUUGCGCGACUCAACCUGGUCCGAUACGUCCCGCACGCAUCGCAGUAUCGCUCCCAGCUUGCGUAGCAGCGUCGCCACGACGAUCUAUCGGGACAAUGCCAUUGUGAGCGCCAUGCCAGCGCAGCAGGCAAUGCGAACCCGAGCCGCCGUGGUGAGCAUUCACAACGGAGGUAAUUCUCCGGGAACAGGGGAUACCUUGGCUCCUCCCGAUGCGCCCGCAGUGCCCGCCAUCACACAGGCACAACUCGCCCGAGCCGGUGUCGUCCAAUCGAACAGCAACAGCUCGAUCGUGGCGCGCACGGUCACCGCUAAGCCGGUCAUGGUGAAGGGCAGCAUCAAAAAGAAGAAUAUCACCACCAACAACAACAACACUAACAACAGCAACUCUACUACGCCCGGUUCCUCACCUGCCGUGCCGACGAUAGCCGAACGGCCGGAGUCAACCAUGGCUGCAUCGAGCACGCAGCCACCAUCUGGCCCGACAUCGGGAUUUGAUACCAAUUCUUCUGACGAGGAAGAUGGCGCAACCCGCCAUGCUAAGCAGACCGAGCCCGCAAAGGGCGUAGCGCCGCCUAAGAGUCCGACAGUGAUUGAAGAUUCACCGGCUGUCGAGCAGAGCCCUUUCAAGGAUCAGCUCGAUGCGCAGACGAACCGCCGCGCUUCGGCGCGCUUGUCAUCUCGUCUAGAGACCGACGAGGGCACGAGAUCCAAUCGAAGUAGCCGAAUUCCACCCGAGCGAACGGAGAGCCCAUUUUCCGACGCGAAUGAGGUGAAAUGAGUUUCCUGUCUGCUUCUCUUUGCUUUUGGUUAAGUCUGGGUCCUGGUUGGCGACUAUUGGCGUACGAGCAUUACUAGUUUAGGUCGAUUGACCAUGUGAUAGA